AUGACCAAGAUGCACUUCUUAACGUCGCUCAGCGUUGGAUGCCCCUAUCGUGCUCUUCUUUCUGAUCACGAGAACAAGCGUUUCAUUAUUAUUGUUCUUCGUGAAGAACCACAGCAGGUAGUUGCGCUCGAAAUUAACUGGUCUUCAAUCGUGGGUGUGGAUUACCGCUGUCCCCUUCAUGAUGACGGCAAACUGGUAUUAGAGGCCCGGCAAGUGGUGAAGCGUUGCUUCAAGACGGUGGGCGAUGCACGGGACUUUUAUUCACCGCACGCAACGGUGCUCGCCGGUGGCUCGCUGCGGACCUCCCACUCAGCUGCCCCUACGCCAAGCAAAGUUUCCUUGGACGGGCGGCAUGCGCUGUUUUCCUCCACAAGCUCAUUGCAUUUGGGGGCAGCGCUGGCUGUUUCGCCUCCUCGCGCCAUACACCCCGUCAGCUGGGGGGCAACCUCUUCCACGGGCAUGGGGCUAAGGCUGGUGGCUUCCGCGGAUGUUCGCAGCGUGGCCGGGGGCAUUAGUGGCAGCGUAAGCGCCGGGGGCGAAUGGCUUGCACUGGGCCGCGGCGUGGCCUCGGGUGGCUUCAGGCCCAGCGUCGAGCCUGGGGCGCAACGAAGCUCCAGUGCUACUCGGGCACCCCGCACAAGCUGCAGAGCGGUGCAUGCGGCGUGCACCGAGGGGACACUUGCAAUGGCCUCCGAUGUUCGCAUGAGCCACGGCAUGGAUUUCGCAUCGGCGGAUGAGAGUGAGGGGGCCUGUCGCCACCUACGGAUAUCAGCCACAGGGAUGCUGGUGCCGGACGGCCUCAGCGAAGCCGGCGUGGCGGCCCGUCGCCGUCUGCAACUGCGCUCGGUUGAGGCAUUGCCCGGGUCAGGGGCCGUGGAGACAGUCCCUGCAGGCGCCGUAGCGGCAGCGUCGGUGGAAUCCUCGAGGAUGUGUGCAGAGAGUCGGCACCGUAAGUCACUUGGCGGCUCAUCUCGCAAGGCGCGGUCUACCAACGACCUUUGCGGUCUGGAUGGCACCCUGGAAUGCUUGCAAAGCGUUCAUACAGGCAACCCUUCUGAAGCUGCUGCUGCUGGCCUCGCCGUGAACUCCGCGGAGUGGUGCGCGAGCGCGGCAGGCGCUUGUACCCGCGCUGCCGCAGCGCAAACGCGCAGCGCCGUAUGCAGCGCCGGGAGGCUUUUACAGAACCGAACCGGUACCAGCGCUGGCAGUGGGAUUGCUCUUGGCUGCGGUUCCAGUAUUGAUUCGCUCAGGGCCGCGUUUUUGUCAGAGCAGCAGCAGCAGCACACGGCUAACGAAUGGCUUCUUCGGCGGCGGAAUGGCGGCGGGCGCGUCCGUCGGGAACAUGCAAGCUGUACGCAACUGACAGACGUAAGCUUUGACAGUAGGGGAUGUAACGGAGGCGAGAUGCUCUGCAACAAUAGCGGGGUUCCUCGGGCGAGCCGCUGGACGCAACCCAGCGCUACGUUCUACUCCAAAACCCUGGUGCUCGGCUUUCGGGACCCCUUCCUGCCGCAAGAGCUGCGCCGCUUUGUCAAGAGCGACAUGCGUAUUUUGAAGCUGUACGAGAGUGGGCUGCCGCCAUGGGCGGUUUUCAUGCCCAGCUAUGGCCUGCCGUACCGUCCAUGGCUCCGGCGCGCUCUGUGGCUGCUCUUCAUCGCCGUCUCCAUCUUCUCCAUGGGCUGUGGCUUCUACGACCUAUACAAGAACGUUCCUUUCCUGAAGCAGGUCAUCACGGCAGUGGCAUCGAGGAUGUACCUGCCCGCCUCGGAGCUGUUCGAGUGGCUUGAGCGCCACACGCAGAUCCGCAUGUCCAUCUUGCUCACCUACCUCUUUUCCAAGUCGCCCCUUCUCAUGUCGCUGAUGCGGAUGCUAAGGAGCUUGGUAGCACUGCUACAGCAGCUUAUGCGGCCUGCGGCGAUGGCGCUAUCGGAGGCAAUGCAGCCGGUGCUGGAGGCUGUGCAGGUCAUGGCAGCAAGCGUAGGCGGCGGCGUGAUGGCAGCUGCAGAGACCGUGUGGCGGGCGAUGCAGCCGUUUGUGACUGCGCUGGCGGUUUUUGGACGUGAGGUCUUCGCUCUCGCGGCGGCGGUGCUGGGGCCACCUGCCCGGGCCCUGUGGGCUAUGGCCGUCCUGCUAGCACAGCUGGUUCGUCUCGUGGCUGCCCUCAUCGGAAUGGUGUUCGUGGGCCCGCUACAGCUUGCCUGCAGCAUCGGCGGGGUCCUGACCUGGGCCAGCGCGGAGUUGGCCGAGCGCCUGGCCGUGGCCGCAGAGGCUACACGGGCAGCAGUGCAGUGGAUGGUGACACUGGGUCGCGCUGCACGCCGCGCGGCGCCUGCAGUGAAGGCGGGCGCGCGCUUGGCUGCGCAGGCGGCGGGAAGCGCUGCAGGAGGCGGUGGUGGCGGUCUGAGCGGCGGCAUGGCGGUGUGGCAGUGGCUGGGACUGGAGGUGGUUGGUGCAUACAAUGCUGUGCGUCUGACGUUCCUCCAAGCAUUCAAGUCAGCGCAGGCUGUUGUUAACUUUUGCGUCACGGUUGCACAGACGGCCGUGCAGCACCGUGUGUCGCUGCUGCUGCAGCUACGCCGGUUUAUUACGCGCCAGAAGGAGCGCCUGCCACCCGCAGUCGCGGCGUCGGUGCCUCUUCCCGCAUUCGUCAGCAUGCCAUCCUUUACCAGCUUGCCACCUUUUGAUAUUCCGCUGCCUGGUCCCGACCACGACGCGGACCUCGACGAGGAACCCGAGCUGGUGACAAGCCUGUCCUCCGCCCCCGCUGAGCACUCCCUUUACGACUUGGACAUGGUCCACCUGGGCUCCACCGGGGAUGAAAGUCACCUGCUGGCCGCGCAGCCGCCGUUGUAUUGCAACGACGGCAACAUGCCUGUGCCUAGGGAUAGCGCCAUCCUAGCGGAGCCUAUCCCAGUUCCGCUUGGUGGGCGCGGCGGUGGAUUGCGGCGGCGGCAUCACAGCGGCGCGUCUAGCACUCGGUUGGGGACCACUGUCGCUGGCAAUGCGAUGUACGGCAUGUACGACGUUUCCCGCCAGCGCCUCGAUGCGGUGAAUGAGGAGGACCUGGAGGAUGCGCAGCAGCUCAGUGACCGCGACGGCCUCGUGGUGGAGACUUACUCCGGAGGGGACAAGACGCAGGGGCCCGGCGCCCACCUUUUGCACGGCAGACAGCGCUAUGGCGGUUACGCCGGGACGAGGGACGUCGGUGGGAACGUCUGGCUCAGCCAGAGAGAUUUCAUCGAAAUUGGUGGGAAUGGCGUUACCGGAAACAGUGACUACGCUUCUGCGCCUGGCCGCCGCAUUGAUGUUGAACUACAGGACGGCAGGUUGCUCGGGGACAGCUUCCAUGCUGCCUACGGAGCUAGGUCAUCCCAAUCUUUCCCUAGCCCGCAUCGAGAUGGCGGCCCUGAGCCCAUGCUCCUUUCUCGGUCAGUGCCCUCGGCCGCUGCAGACAGGAGCCUCAACUCAGGCCACUGCCAUGAGGCCGCGCUCAGCUGGCAACAGCAGCAGCAGCAAGAACAACAACGGCAAUGGCAAGAAGAGCAACAACGGCAGCCUCAUCAGACGCAGCUGAAGAGGAACCCGAAUCAUCAUGCACAGCAACAACGACGACGCGGCUCAGCGCGAGGUUUAGGACGUAUUGCUUCAUCGCCGCCGGAUGGCGCCGCAGGGACACCUGCAGCACAGCCCGAUGCCGCGACCGGGGAUGGCCGAAGUUGUAGGUUGGCAAGGCGCCACGGGGGAGGUGGGGUGCGGUGCGAGGAUAGGCCCGCUGCAAUUUCCAGCAUCACGCCGGCUAUGACUGCGGGUGCAGUGGCUUCGGGAGCGUUGCUUGGGGAGCUUUCACACGUGCUACCCAAUGGGCCCGCACCGGCUUCCCCAAGUGACAACAGCCCAGACGAGCUCACGUGCUCCUCGCCCUUCGCCCAUCGCGGUGCAUCCGCCUGUCUGGGCAAUGGUGCGGUGUCAACAAUCAACCAUGGAGCCACAGGUCGCGCGGCUGUAUCGCGCGGAGUGGGCGCAGCAUCGGGCGGCAAGGUCGCGGCGGCGAGCGACAAUGGGGUCCAAAAUAAGGGCCGAGGCGGUGCCGAAGGUGGCGGCAAUAAUGCAUGCGGCAAGCGCCCUUCCGCUGGCGCUAAGCAUAUUAGCCGGCCGGCCAUUCAAGCCGCAUAGCAGUUAAAUUGAAUGGAUUGAGCGAGUGGAAUAAUAAGGGCAUCUUUGGCAAACUGGCAUCAAAACUACUGCACUGCUUGUGGGAUGGAGCAAGAGGAUGGCGGGUUGCUGAUUAUGCAUGCCGGCCGAUAUUCGGCUGUCGUGUCUUCGGCGAGGGGUCUAAUCCUCGGGGUAUGGAAUAUGUGUUUUUCUCGGCUUGUGGAAAUUGCUCUGGCGCGCUGUGCGCUCUUAUGCACUAGACUCAUAUUAUUAUAAGCUGCGGUGCCUCUUGGCUUUACCUCGUGUGUUUUACGUACUGAACGAGUGUGACGUCGACGCCAUCACGUGGGCUGCACCAACACACUUGGCGUCCCCGAUAAGGGAACCGUCUUGCACUUAAUCAUCAGAACUCAAGUGUACGGUUGCGGAAUGCAUUGUAUGUUACGCGUGGGGCUGUGGUAAAUUUUUCCUCGUUUGCCG